CCGGCUUAGAGAUGAUCGACGCAAGAUGGAAGUAGUAUCUGUCGACGAAUCAGUCCCUUGGCUCACACAAGCAUUGUGUGUUUUUCACGCUCACAACAUUUCAUUGGAUGAGGAUCUUUCCAAUUACAAGCUCCUCUUCUCUUCUCUUGAGUUCACAGGCACACUUCAGAAAUCCAAACGCAAACAUCAAAGACGCCAACUACUAUGUACACCGAUUUAUUUGAUUUUCCUUCCUUCCCUUCACCCCGUCUAUCAUUGGUCGUUGGACCCAAUUGGCCAAACACCGCUUUCGCAAGACACAUGCAAGUACCUUGGCCUUCCCUUCAAGCUCUCCCUCAAAGUGACUGCCUCCCAAAUAUGCUGGCCAACCAAAAUCUACAAGGCCAUUCAUGACUACCAAAUCAUGAGGGGAUUUGACCCUAAGACCACGGAUUUCGUACAAUCUUUUAAUUUCCCUAUAUUCGAUAUCGUUCCUACCGAGAACCGUUUCCAGGAGAUCGUUGAAGAACCACAGGAAAUUUCCGCUGAAUCAGACGACGUACCGUUUUUGCCAAUGGUCAAAAAGGACUCGGAAUUUCCCGGCUCAAACGCUCACGUUGAUUACGUAGAAGAUCAAAGUCCCGAAGAACUAGAUGACUCUUUCUCGCUCGAUUCAUUGUUCUAUGAGAUCGAAGGACCCGCAAACAAGUCUUGGCCUUCGGGUGAUGUGGGUUCUGCACGACCCGGCUCAGCAAACUCGACGUAUACCCAACAACACACGAUGCGUUCGAUACUGAACACACUUUUUGCCCCGUUAACAUGGGAAGCUAUUGAAGGUUCGGAUAUCUCCGCAGCAGUGAUCUAAGUAGCUUCCAAUGGGCUGUACUUACUAAUGUAGUUUUCAUACGGUUCGUUACAAUAGCAGACCGGCAUA